AUGGCGCCCAAAGAGCAAGAAAAGAACGCCAUGCCUAUCGAUCCGGAGACAGGUUCGAACACAUCAGGCGAUGUCUCAAAGAAGGAUUCGAGCCCGCCAGCAUACCGGACAGAUGACGCGAGGACAACAUCCAGUGUGGCACAAGAAGAUGGCGCAGAGAUCAACCUGACGCCCUUGUCCUGGUGGAAAGCUGGAACCGUCCUCUUCGCAGAAACGGUGUCUCUCGGUAUCCUCUCGCUCCCAUCGGUCAUUGCAAGCGUGGGGAUCGUGCCCGGUAUCGUCCUGAUCGUCGUAAUGGCCAUUCUCUCGGGAUACUCAGGGUUGGUCUUCGGCGAGUUCUGCAGGCUGUACCCGGAAGUCGACUCCUUCGGCGGCGUGGGCGAGAUCGUCGGGCGGAGCGUGGGCGGACCUGCCUUGGGCGCCUUUUGCAAGGAGUUCCUGGGAUGGGGCCAGACGAUCUUUCAGAUCUUCGUAAUGGGCAGCCAUUUGCUUACCUUCACAAUUGCCAUGAACACAUUGACCAACAGCUCACAAUGCACCGUCAUGUGGGCGGGAGUCGGGCUCGUCAUCUUCUGGCUCUUCAACAUUCCACGCAACCUUAACAUUGCGUCGUACCUGUCGAUCGCAUCCUCGUUGUCCAUCUUCUCCGCGGUGAUCAUCACCAUCGUCGACGUGGGGGUCGAGAAGCCCAUCGGCUCCACCUCGAUAGAAAUCACGCGCCAGCUCGGAUUCACGGGGGCCUUUCUGUCGGUAACCAACAUUGCCAUCGCCUUCUGCGCACACUCGUGCUUCUUCAACGUCAUCUCGGAGCUGGACAUCAAGACGAACUGGCCCAAGGCGUUGUGCAUGCUGCAGUUCCUUGACACGGCGCUGUACCUGGUCGCCGCGGUGGUCAUCUAUGUGUACGUGGGCCCUGAUGUACCCUCGCCUGCGCUCUCGGCGGCCGGCUCCGUGGUUGUGAGGAAGGUGAUCUGGGGAAUUGCGCUGCCCACCAUUGUCAUCGCCGGUGUCAUCUACGGCCACGUUGCGGCCAGGUACAUCUUCGGCCGGAUCCUUGGCAAGACGCGACACAUGCACAGGCGGACACUGAUCGGGGACGCCGGGUGGGUGUGCCUCGGGUUGACGAUCUGGGUGAUUGCGUUUGUCAUCUCGGAGUCGAUUCCCGUCUUCAACAGCCUUCUGAGUCUGAUCUGUGCCCUGUUCGUGAGCUGGUUCUCAUACGGAGUUCCGGGUAUCAUGUGGCUGUUCUUGAACCGGGGCCAGUACUUAAAGAACUGGAAGAUGACAGUUGGACUGGUUUCCAACGUCACACUUGUAGUCGUGGGCUUCAUGCUCUGCGCGUUGGGGUUGUGGAGUGUGAUAGAUAGCCUUGCGAGCAACAGCACACACGAGCCGUGGAGUUGUGCUAGCAACGCGUAA